CGCCGGGCGCGGCAUUUUUAUUCAGGCGACGCUUAAGGGAGCCCGGCCGCGCCCGGUGCAUUCUGGGACCGGCCCGCGGCCCGUUUUCGGGAGGAGGCGGAGGGCGCAAAGCGAGCCGGUGGAUCCAUAAAGAACCCAGCCAACCCGCAGAGGGAGGGGAGGGGCUGAGCUGUGAGGAGAGCGAGGCCCAAGAACCAUGUCUACGCGGGAGUCCUUUAACCCGGAAAGUUACGAAUUGGACAAAAGCUUCCGGCUAACCAGAUUCACUGAGCUGAAGGGCACAGGCUGCAAAGUGCCCCAAGAUGUCCUGCAAAAAUUGCUGGAAUCUUUACAGGAGAACCACUUCCAAGAAGAUGAGCAGUUUCUGGGAGCCGUUAUGCCAAGGCUUGGCAUUGGAAUGGAAACUUGUGUCAUUCCUUUGAGGCACGUUGGGCUUUCCUUGGUUCAAACCACAGAUUACAUUUACCCGAUCGUAGACGACCCUUACAUGAUGGGCAGGAUAGCAUGUGCCAAUGUCCUCAGUGACCUCUAUGCAAUGGGGGUCACGGAAUGUGACAAUAUGCUGAUGCUCCUUGGAGUCUGUAAUAAAAUGACCGACAGGGAAAGGGAUAAAGUGAUGCCUCUGAUUAUCCAAGGUUUUAAAGACGCAGCUGAGGAAGCAGGAACGUCUGUAACGGGCAGCCAAACAGUACUAAAUCCCUGGAUUGUCCUGGGAGGAGUUGCUGCCACUGUCUGCCAGCCCAAUGAAUUUAUCAUGCCAGACAAUGCAGUGCCAGGGGACGUGCUGGUGUUGACAAAACCCCUGGGGACACAGGUGGCAGUGGCUGUGCACCAGUGGCUGGAUAUUCCUGAGAAAUGGAAUAAGAUUAAACUAGUGGUCACCCAAGAAGAUGUAGAGCUGGCCUACCAGGAGGCGAUGAUGAACAUGGCGAGGCUCAACAGGACAGCUGCAGGACUCAUGCACACGUUCAAUGCCCACGCCGCCACUGACAUCACGGGCUUCGGGAUUUUGGGCCAUGCACAGAACCUGGCCAAGCAGCAGAGGAACGAGGUGUCGUUUGUAAUUCACAACCUCCCGGUACUGGCCAAGAUGGCUGCGGUGAGCAAGGCCUGCGGAAACAUGUUCAGCCUCAUGCACGGGACCUGCCCGGAGACUUCAGGCGGCGUUCUGAUCUGUUUACCACGUGAGCAAGCAGCUCGGUUCUGUGCAGAGAUAAAGUCCCCCAAAUAUGGUGAAGGCCACCAAGCAUGGAUUAUUGGGAUUGUAGAGAAGGGCAACCGCACAGCGAGAAUCAUAGACAAACCCCGGAUCAUCGAGGUUGCACCACAAGUGGCCACUCAAAACGUCAAUCCCACACCCGGGGCCACCUCUUAAUCUAGACAGAAAUAGCUGUUUGGUUUUGUUUUUAAAUAGAUCUAUUUCCCUUAUCACUUCAAUUAAAGACUAUAAACAACAACAACAACAACAAAAAA